AUGGAGUCUGUCUAAACAACCAUAAGAACAGCAGUUGGAGGCUUGCCUGGCGACUAAACAGACACUUCCUCAAACCACGGCCACAGUCAACAAGACUCUUAAUAAAAUCAGAAUGCUGCUCGUCUUGAUGAGAUCAAGUCCAAGACUCAGAGGAUAACGAGUAGUUUGACUAACACAAUGACAGGAGAAGGAGGAGGAGGCGCUGGCUUGGAUAAGUUUUUCUCUGAAUUAGAGGGGACUGAAGGCAGCCGGAUCCACGACACCUAAAUGACUAAGAACCGACCCUAGCAUGCAAGCAAAGUAGAAACUCAAAUAAGCAACGUAACUGAUCAAGAGAAGGAUAGUGUUAAGAAAAAGAUCAAUAAGCUUUUGAUGAACAGUGGAGGUGAGUCUGGAGAUAACUUUGGCUGCGAAAGUGGCAAGGGAUCCUCGCAUCAACAGUACUCUUCAUACUCCAAUUAAAGAAGUCCUAAAAAAGCUGGGGCUUAAAUCCUCAAUCAAAGUAGCAGUGGAAGCGAUUCCAACUUUUCUGCAGAAGAAAACUCUCCAUUUCCAUCAAAGAACAAGGGCAGUAAACAUUAAACUUAGAUAAUAAAUCCUAUCCAAAACAGCAAUAGCGAUUCAAGUCCCUUGCUUAAGGAAGCCUCUCCAAAAAAAGACAGCGAUCGCUAUCUCAUCCCUCCACCAGAAGAUUUGAUAGCUAAAUCAGUAUUUAUAAUUGAACCUAUUCGAACUGGUGCUCCUAUUAGUUUUGUGAAAACAGAUGUGCUCCGAGGAGAUGAACGCAAAACUGAAUUAAUGGCAGAGUCUAAGCCUAAAACCUCUACUGAUCCCGAGCCAGUAUCAAAAUCAUCAAAUAAAUACAUAGCUGACGAGAUUGUCAAGGCUGAUAAGGAUGGACGAUUAGUUUAUUGCCGAUUUGGGAAGCAAUACAUCACUAAUUUGGAAAAGCAGAUAAAUUCAUUGCUAAAUAAUAAUAUCGGAGGAGGAGCCUAACUCAGUACAGCAAUCAAAUCAGCUACCUAUUUGAUCAACAUAAAGAAGCUAAUUAAAGAGCAUAACAUAGACACUGAGUUCAACCAGUUUUAGAAAAUGAGAACCAAGUCAAACGUAGUCAACAAACAAGGUGAAAAUGGACCAGCAUUACCAUACUAUAAUCCAUAGGAUAUAAGCGAUGUAACACUGCAGUUUGAAUCUAGAUUUGAAUCAGGCAAUCUCCUCUGUGCUAUGAAGGUAUCGGAUAACGAAUACGAUUUAGUUCUCUAAAAUGACAUAAAUACUAAUGGUCACACGUAAUGGUAUUUCUUUAGAGUGGGGAAUACACACUAAGGUAUGAAAAUCAAAUUCAAUAUUCUGAAUUUGGCUAAAACUGAUUCACUGUAUAAUGAAGGAAUGAAAAUACUUGCUUUUUCAACUAAUCAGAAAAAAGAUAAUAAUCUCGGCUGGCAUAGAGUAGGCUCUGAAAUCUCUUACUUCUAGAAUUCUUAUAAAAGAGAGAACUUGCGAUUUACUCGCUAUUACUACACUUUUACCUUCUCCCAUGAAUUCGAGGGAGGUGAUGGAGACUAAGUUUACUUCGCUCACUGUUUCCCUUACACUUACUCUGACCUCUAAGAUGACUUGUCUCGCAUUGAAAAGGACUCUUACACUUAGAACUUCUUCUACAGAAACACUCUUUGCCGCACUCUAGCUGGGAAUAAGUGUGAAUAUAUAACAAUCACUAGCAAAGAAAAAGAUCCGCUUAAGUCUGGGGGUCAGCCUUCAUAGAAGAAAGGUGUAUUUUUGAGUGCAAGAGUGCAUCCAGGAGAAAGCAAUUCGUCUUGGAUGAUGAAGGGACUGAUUGAGUUCCUAGUCAGCAAUGCUCCUGAAGCCAGAGUCCUUAGAGAGAAGUUUGUUUUCAAGAUUGUACCAAUGCUUAACCCUGAUGGAGUCAUCAAUGGCAACUACAGAUGCUCUCUAUGUGGAUCUGAUCUGAACAGAAGAUGGAAAACCCCUUCAAAAGUGUUGCACCCAGUAGUAUUUGCUAUUAAACGCAUGGUCAAAGCAUUUUCUAAAGAACGUGAAUGUGCUCUGUACUGUGACUUUCAUGGUCAUUCCCGUCGCAAAAACAUCUUCAUGUAUGGCAACAACUAUCAAGAUAAGCCUGAUGCCACCAGAGUAUUUCCUUACAUUCUCUCGAAGCUUUGCGAUUUCUUCAGCUUUGAAUACUGCAGAUUUUCAAUGCAUAAGUCCAAGGAAGCAACAGCACGUAUUGCAAUGUGGAAGGAACUAAAGAUCCCUAACAUUUUCACUAUGGAGGCUAGUUUCUCAGGUGCUGAUAAAGGAGAAUUGAAAGACCAACACUUCACUAGUGAGCAUCUUAUGCUAUCUGGCAGAAGAGUACUAGAAGCUUUGAUUGUUUACUGUAAGAUUGAUGUGCAAGCUACUCUAAAUGAAUUGACUCUCAAGAGCAAGCAUAAAAAGCAUCACGAGAAAAAUGAAGAUGAAGAACUGAAAUAUGACGGGAACUACCUAACUUUCAAUGUAGAUAGUCUAUAGAAAGAACUGUAAGAAAAUAAGGAGUUAUUGAAGCUCACAGAGGGAAAGGAAGAUGGAGAAGGAGGUGGAAGUUCUGGCUCUGAUAGUGAUCCUAGUGAGGAUAAUUUAGAAGAAGAGGAAAUGGCUAAGAUAGUUCCUAUCAAGAUCAGAAAGAAGAAGAAUGAACUAAAAAAGAAGAGCAUUUCAGAUGCAUGA